GUCAGCACGUUUGCAGUGACGACGCGAGGGGCGCGGAAGUGUGCGAGGCGGCCGGCGUGCCGCGCUGCUUUCCGGAAGUGGCUGCCGAGGCACCAUGCUCUCAGAGCUGGGCUUCAUCCGGACCAUAGGCGAAGAUGAGGACGUGCAGGUGGAACCGGAGACUGACUCUGAGGACGAGGAGGAGGAGGGGCCCAUUGUGCUGGGCAGAAAGCAGAAAGCCUUACAAAAGAACCGCAGCGCUGAUUUCAACCCUGACUUUGUUUUCACUGAGAAGGAGGGAAUGUACGAUGGCAGCUGGGCCAUGGCUGAUGUCCUAAGCCAGCUGAAGAAGAAGAGGGCUGCCACAACAUUAGAUGAGAAGAUUGAGAAAGUUCGAAAGAAAAGGAAAACAGAGGAUAAAGAAGCCAAGUCUGGAAAGUCAGAGAAGGAGAAAGAAGCAAAGGAGGGCUCUGAACCAGAGGAGGAGGAAGACCUUGAAAGAAAAGAUGAAGAAGCCUCAGAAGAUGAAGAAUCAGAGACUGACUACUCAUCAGCUGAUGAGAACAUCCUCACCAAGGCAGAUACACUCAAAAUAAAGGAGCAGAAGAAGAAAAAGAAGAAAGGACAGGAAGCAGGAGGAUUUUUUGAAGAUGCAUCUCAGUACGAUGAAAACCUCUCAUUCCAGGACAUGAACCUUUCCCGCCCUCUGCUGAAGGCCAUCACAGCCAUGGGCUUCAAGCAGCCCACCCCCAUCCAGAAGGCGUGCAUACCUGUGGGGCUGUUGGGGAAGGACAUCUGUGCCUGCGCAGCCACGGGGACAGGUAAAACGGCAGCUUUUGCCCUGCCGGUCUUGGAGCGCCUGAUCUACAAACCCCGCCAGGCUCCAGUGACCCGCGUGCUGGUGCUGGUUCCCACCCGAGAACUGGGCAUCCAGGUGCACUCCGUCAUCAAGCAGCUGGCCCAGUUCUGCAGCAUCACCACCUGCCUGGCUGUGGGUGGCCUGGACGUGAAGUCUCAGGAAGCAGCGCUUCGGGCAGCGCCUGACAUCCUCAUCGCCACCCCAGGCCGGCUCAUCGAUCACCUCCACAACUGCCCUUCCUUCCACCUGAGCAGCAUCGAGGUGCUCAUCUUGGAUGAGGCUGACAGGAUGCUGGACGAGUACUUUGAGGAGCAGAUGAAGGAGAUCAUCCGAAUGUGCUCCCACCACCGCCAGACCAUGCUUUUCUCAGCCACGAUGACGGACGAGGUGAAAGAUCUGGCCUCUGUCUCCUUGAAGAAUCCCGUCCGGAUAUUUGUGAAUAGCAACACGGAUGUGGCCCCCUUCCUGCGGCAGGAGUUCAUCCGGAUCCGGCCUAACCGGGAAGGGGACCGGGAAGCCAUCGUGGCAGCUCUGUUGAUGAGAACCUUCACUGACCAUGUGAUGCUGUUCACCCAGACCAAGAAGCAGGCCCACCGUAUGCACAUCCUUCUGGGGCUGAUGGGGCUGCAGGUGGGCGAGCUCCACGGCAACCUGUCUCAGACGCAGCGGCUGGAGGCCCUCCGGCGCUUUAAAGACGAACAGAUUGACAUCCUCGUGGCCACCGACGUAGCAGCCCGUGGACUAGACAUCGAGGGGGUCAAAACGGUAAUCAACUUCACCAUGCCCAACACCAUUAAGCAUUACGUCCACCGGGUGGGGCGCACAGCUCGUGCCGGCCGGGCCGGGCGCUCAGUCUCUCUGGUAGGGGAAGAGGAGCGGAAGAUGCUGAAGGAAAUUGUCAAGGCCGCCAAGGCCCCCGUCAAGGCCCGUAUUCUGCCCCAGGAUGUCAUCCUCAAAUUCCGGGAUAAGAUUGAGAAAAUGGAGAAAGAUGUGUAUGCAGUUCUGCAGUUAGAGGCUGAGGAGAAAGAGAUGCAGAAGUCGGAAGCCCAGAUCAACACAGCACAGCGGCUCCUGGAGAAAGGGAAGGAGGCACCAAACCCUGAGCCUGAGAGGAGCUGGUUCCAGACCAAGGAAGAGAGGAAGAAGGAAAAAAUUGCCAAGGCUCUGCAGGAGUUUGACUUAGCCUUAAGAGGAAAGAAGAAAAGGAAGAAGUUUAUGAAGGAAGCCAAAAAAAAGGGGGAGAUGACAGCAGAGGAGAGAUCCCAGUUCGAAAUCCUCAAGGCACAGAUGUUUGCGGAGCGGCUGGCCAAGAGGAACCGCAGAGCCAAGCGGGCCCGAGCAAUGCCCGAGGAGGAGCCAGUGAGGGCUCCUGCAAAGAAGCAGAAGCAGGUGAAGAAAUCAGUAUUUGAUGAAGAACUCACCAACACGAGCAAGAAGGCCCUGAAACAGUAUCGAGCUGGCCCCUCCUUUGAAGAAAGAAAAAAAUUGGGCUUGCCCCACCAGAGACGAGGAGGAAACUUUAAAUCUAAAUCCAGGUACAAAAGGAGGAAGUAGCCGUGGUAAGCUGAGGAAGUUCAUCAGGCAGCUCUUAGAUCUCUUCCUUCUGGGAAGUCAUCCUGGCUUGGUCUCUCUUCUCUGUAAAAAACCUUCUUUAAAACUUUAAUUUUGUCAUUUGUACAUUAAAGAAAGGAAAAGCU